CCAGGAGCGACAUAAAGGUGCCUGGCUGGCUGCAAUACCACCCCACUCCUUCUCCUUCUGAGGACAUCCUAUUCCAGGACAGUGCUUUGCUGUCACUUCACCCCAGCAUGGAGCCAACCAAAGUCCAAUCAGAGGGUGGUCUCAAUGUCACCCUUACCAUCCGCCUCCUAAUGCAUGGGAAAGAAGUUGGAAGUAUAAUCGGAAAGAAAGGGGAAACAGUGAAAAAGAUGCGAGAAGAGAGUGGAGCACGAAUCAAUAUUUCCGAGGGCAACUGUCCUGAGAGGAUUGUCACCAUUACUGGACCAACGGACACCAUCUUCAAGGCGUUUGCCAUGAUUGCCUACAAAUUUGAGGAGGACAUAAUCAAUUCCAUGAGCAACAGCCAAGCAACCAGCAAGCCCCCAGUCACCUUGAGGCUUGUAGUUCCUGCCAGCCAGUGUGGCUCCCUCAUCGGUAAAGGAGGCUCCAAAAUAAAAGAGAUGAGAGAGUCCACAGGGGCCCAGGUCCAGGUGGCAGGAGACAUGCUGCCCAACUCCACAGAGCGUGCAGUGACAAUCUCUGGGACCCCAGAAGCCAUCAUUCAGUGUGUCAAACAAAUCUGUGUGGUCAUGCUGGAGUCUCCACCAAAAGGUGCCACCAUCCCGUAUCGCCCAAAGCCCGCCUCCACCCCUGUCAUUUUUUCCGGUGGCCAGGCGUACACAAUUCAGGGACAAUAUGCCAUACCCCAUCCAGAUCAGUUGACCAAGCUCCACCAGUUGGCUAUGCAGCAAACCCCUUUUACCCCUCUCGGACAGACCACCCCUGCUUUCCCUGGUUUGGAUGCCAGUCCACCAGCCAGCACCCAUGAGCUCACCAUUCCUAAUGAUCUAAUAGGCUGCAUUAUUGGACGCCAGGGAACCAAAAUAAAUGAGAUUCGACAGAUGUCUGGGGCGCAGAUCAAAAUUGCGAACGCUAUGGAGGGCUCAUCAGAGCGCCAGAUCACCAUCACGGGGACCCCUGCUAACAUCAGCUUGGCACAAUAUCUCAUCAAUGCCAGGUUCAGGGACGUGGCUGCCAUGUGGAAUGACCCCUCAUCCAUGACUACAUCCUGA